AUGGUUCUUUUUGCAACUCUUCUUCCUUAUUCUUCUGCUUCAACCACCCGUCGAUUUCACUUUAAUGUCGAAUGGAAAAAGGUAACUAGAUUGUGCCAUACUAAACAACUUUUAACGGUGAACGGACAAUAUCCGGGGCCGGCGAUCGUGGUUCACGAAGGUGACACCGUAGAAAUCAAAGUGACUAACCGGAUCGCUCAAAAUACAACAAUUCAUUGGCAUGGAUUAAGGCAAUACCGGACCGGUUGGGCCGAUGGACCGGCUUACGUAACGCAGUGUCCAAUAAGAUCAAAACAAUCAUAUACAUAUCGAUUCAAAGUUGAAGACCAAAGAGGCACACUCUUGUGGCAUGCUCAUCACUCAUGGCAACGAGCCUCCGUCUACGGUGCCUUCAUCAUCUAUCCACGACGGUCUUACCCCUUCGCCGGCCACAUUCAAUCCGAAAUUCCCAUUAUACUCGGGGAAUGGUGGAAUGAUGACGUGGACAACGUGGAGAAGGAGAUGAUGAAGACAGGAGAUGGGCCUAAGGUUUCCAACGCUUACACACUUAACGGCCUUCCCGGCCCACUUUACCCUUGUUCUGCCAAAGAUACUUUCACGGCGAACGUGGACGCCGGAAAAACCUACAUCCUCCGCAUAAUCAACGCAGCUCUAAACAACGAGCUCUUCUUCGCUAUAUCGAAUCACACACUAACCGUGGUCGAGGUCGACGCGGUUUAUACUAAACCGGUUGAUACCAAAGCAAUCAUGAUCGCUCCCGGUCAAACCACCACCCUCCUCCUCCGCACCGGCCAACAAUUCUCCGGCGGCGAAUUUCUCAUCGCCGCAACUCCUUACAUCACUUCCGUCUUCCCUUUCAACAACUCAACCUCCGUCGGCUUCCUCCGUUACAGCGGCAAAAAAAACAAACCGGAAAAUUCCGAUAUCACACGGCGGAGACGGCGAUUGACGACGUUAUCAACACGCGAGAUUCUCCCAAACAUGCUAGAUACGAAAUUCGCGACGAGAUUCUCCGAUAGCAUCAAAAGCCUCGGAUCUGAAGAGUAUCCGUGUAAAGUCCCGACUACGAUCGACAAGCGCGUGAUCACAACAAUCAGUCUCAACCUCCAAAAUUGUCCGGCGAAUCAGAUCUGCAAAGGCUACGCCGGAAAAAGAUUCUUCGCGUCGAUGAACAACAUCUCCUUCGUCCGACCUCCGAUCUCGAUCCUCGAGAGCUACUACAAGAAAAAAAGCAAAGGGGUUUUCACACUCGAUUUCCCGGAGAAUCCACCGAAUCGAUUCGAUUACACGGGAGUAAAUCCGGUAUCGGAAAACAUGAACACCGAAUUCGGAACGAAGCUAUUCGAAGUGGAAUUCGGAUCUAGAUUAGAGAUCGUGUUUCAGGGGACGAGUUUCUUAAACAUUGAGAACCAUCCUUUACAUGUACACGGACACAAUUUCUUCGUGGUCGGACAAGGAUUUGGGAAUUUCGACGAGGAGAAAGAUCCGGCGAAGUACAAUUUGGUUGAUCCGCCGGAGAGGAACACGUUCGCGGUUCCGACGGGAGGAUGGGCAGCGAUAAGGAUCAAUGCGGAUAAUCCAGGAGUUUGGUUUAUUCAUUGUCAUCUCGAAGAACAUACGUCUUGGGGAUUAGCUAUGGGAUUUAUCGUUAAAGAUGGUCCUCUUCCUUCACAGACUCUGCUUCGUCCUCCUCGUGAUUUUCCUCAGUGUUGA